AUGGAACGUUGGGAGACGGCGGUUGCCGUAGACAAAAAAGCAGACGAUCAUGCAUCAUCCAUCGUUUCAGAGGUUCCUACGUCUGACUUGAAAAGCAACCGACAGCGAUUAUGGGCGCGAGUGUGCGUUUUCUCCAUGUUUAUCAUCUGCGUUCUAGGAGCGGUGGCGGCGUUCUUUUGCUGGCCACGUACGCCGUUGGUAAUCCUGGGUGGACGUGCUGAUAAUGUCGCUGUAACGCGAUGGAUUCCAGAAAAUACGCAUGCGACGAUGCGUGCAACGUGGCAAGUGAAUGUGACACUGGACAAUCGCGAAAACUGGAUCCCGACCCAUAUCACAAGGCUGGAUUUUGCUUUAAUGGAUAGCUUAACGUUGAAGAAGUUUGCAUUCGGCAGUAUUUCCUCCAUCGUGCUACCGCCUCGAAGGUUGAUCAAUCUCCCAGUUGUGUUCAAUAUCGAUUAUGCACCUGUGCUCAUGGGCAAUGACCCGACGAUGCAGAAUUUGUACAAUGCAUGCGGACCACAAAAAGCAGGAGCGCCAUCUCCUGCGCUCAAUGUUGUUCUCCACGUAGCCUUCCAUAUCUUUGGUAUCAUUUGGGUGCCGACCGUGGCAGCGACGCCGCCAACGGGAGGGUUCUUAUGCCCACCCAGUUAA